AUGAAUCAAGACGAAAAGGAAAAAAUAGUUGUUUGUGCUGUUAAUUCAGACAUGUCAUUAGAUGGUGUAGAAUUAUCAAUAUUAUAAUUUACUUAUCUUGAUAAAGAUAAUGAUUAAUGGUAAAUAAAUACACUUUUUUUUGAAAAAUUUGGAUAUACAGAUGAUUUAAGAAAAAAAAUUAUAUCAACAAUAAAAGAGUAUUCUAAAACAACAUAAAAAAAGUUUGAUGACACAUCAGCUAAUGAAUUAGAAGAAGAUUAUGGAAAAUUUAUAGAAGAUUUAUUGUUAUAAUUAGAUGAAAAAAUUAAAAGUUUUUCUGUUAAUUUAUAUGCAUUUAAUACUCUUCUUAUACAAUUAAUUGAAUUUAAUGAAGAAAAGCCAAAGUCAGCUGUAUUUUUGAGUAAAUUUUGCUAAAAAAUUGCUAAUAAUUAAUAAUAAUAAUAAAGAGUAAUUUGUAACUUCUUUGCUUAUGAUUUUUAUUUAAAAGGAAAGGGAGGACCUUAUUAAAUUAUAGGUUAAGCCAAAUUAUUUUAGUAAUAAGAAGCUUAAAUUAAUUUAUCAGGUUUUGCAUCUUUUACACAUUUUAAAAAUAAAGAUGAUAAAGACACAUAUAAUGGAGAUUUUAUAUGUGCUGCAAUGUUUGCUCUUAAUUAUGCAUCACAAUGGAAAAAAGAUAAUUUGAGUAAGGGUAUUUAGGAUAAAAAAUAUGAUGAUGAAUUUCUUUAGAAAUUACUUUAAAUGAAAUUCAAUUAUUCAGUUCAAUAUAUGGGUAAUUUAAUGGAAAUUAUUGAUUAAUCAAAGUUAGAUACAGUUACUAAAGUUUCAACAUUAAAAUAAUACAUCUUUUAAUAAAUUUAAUCUUAUUUAAAUAGUAUUAAUCAACAGGGAAUAGUUUAUGUAGCUGGUAAUUUCUCUGAAGAUUUAUUUGAUGUUUUAAAAAAAGAAAUUAACAAAGUAUAACUUUAAAAAUCUAAAGAUCAUUAAUAGAUUGACUCAAUUAAUACUGGAUUCUUAGCAGUUAGAAAAAAUAAAUAAUUAUUGAAUAUUUUUAAAAAUGUUACUAAAGCUAAAAGUGAUCAUUCUAGUGGAGUUAUUUAUAUUAAAACUGAUAAACCAAUAACAAUUACAAAAGAGCCAGAACUAAAAAAACCACCUUAACAACCUUAACCAUCUUAAUCACAUUAACAAUCUAAAUAAAGGUUAGAACAUUCAGAGGAUUUUGAUUUAGCUAUUUAAAUUUAAGAUUUGCGUUAAGAUAUAAAGAUUUCCUAAACAAAGCCAAUAAGUAAGAAAUGA